AUGACUACAAUACAACCUCAAAUACAACAACAGCAACAACAACAGCAACAACCACAACAAGUAUUAUUGACUCUUGAUGCUAAUACAGCUGAAUCAAUCUUAAAGUCAAACAAAAAGAUAUCAGAUUAUAUACAUCAUUUGGCAAAUGAACCAAGUGUAGGUAUGUAUCAUGUGCAAGAGCACAUUCGAAAGGCUGUACCAAAGAAUGUGACACUCAAGAAAGAAGUAAAGAACUUGACAUCACACAUUGAAGACAUAUCAUAUAAUGUCGAUGAUUCAAUCAAGGCUAUUCAAUCAAUCAAUGAAAUAACUACAUUUAAUCAUAUACAUGAACUAUUGGUUUCUUCAAUUGAUAGAGCUUCAAAAUUGGUAAACAAUAAAUCAUUGGCAUAUGUUAAUUCACAACAAAAGGAUUCAUCAGCUUCAAGAACCUUUUCAUCAUUCUCUAAGCUAUCGGUCAAUGAUCCUUCAUAUAGAGCACCUAAUAAUAAUGGUGGUAGUGGAGGAGUUGGUGGUAAUAAUACAACUGGAAGUACAAGUAGUAGUAAUAGUAGUAGUACUCAAUCAUAUCAAUCAUUCCCUCUAUACCAUAGUUUAAAUAAUAGUAAUACUGUUAUUACUAAAAAUAAUAAUUUAAAUAAUAAUAAUAAUAAUAAUAAUCUAACCCAAAAUAUAAAUAUUGUAAAUAAUCAACAACAACCAACAAAUAAUUCACAACAACAAUCAUUUAAUCAAUCAUUUAGUCAAUCUUUAUCAUCAUAUGAUGACAAUGAUAUCAAUGAAUACAAUAGACAACAACAAGAAAUAAUGAAUCAACAAGACAACAAUUUUAAUGAAAUACCAAUCACUUCUGAUUUCUCAACUUCCACUACCUCUACUACAUCAACAUCGACUACUUCAACAUCUCAAUCAUCUGUGAAUUAUGGAAAGAAAAAGACUAGUAAAUCAAAGAAACCUACUUCUUCCUCCUCCACAACAACAAAGAAAAAAGAAACACGUGAUAUUGAUUUUAAACAAUUCUAA